GUUCGAUACAAUACGUUGGCUGAAUAAGUCACGGAGGUCUUCGGAAAUAUAAAAAAUACACGUGCGGUUUAUUAAAAAACGGUGGCGUUCAGUGAAAUAUUUAGUGAUCUGUGGUGCUGUUUAAUCUGUGUUCCGUUAAAGUUUAAAAAUAUAAAAUAGUAGCUGCUUUCAUCGUUGGAAGAUAACAAUCGAAACGUAAUCAUUUUCACUACUAGGAGAACACAUUAAUGCCGAUGAAGCGAUAAACGCAACAAGUGACAACCUUCAAUUUUUAAAUCAGCAGAAUGUAGUAAUUUAAAUUCUAACUACUGAAAAACAACAAUUAUCGAACUACCGGAAACAUACGCUAUCGGUGUAAUCUCUAAUGUUUUAGAUUACUUAGCAUUGAUUUCAAUUUAAAAAGAUUUACUAAUCACUUAUUGUAAAGGACUAACGUCAUUAUGUAAAAGAUUAUUUCAUUGUAAAAACAACUUAAUUCUGUAAAGACUUUUAUACAGAUUUGUACACCGACAUGGAUAAGAAUAACGUUAAUGUUGUUGAGAAUAACCCAACAGUGGAUAAAAAGAAAAAUUUGGGGUGUUGGGCGCGAUUUAAAAGUUUGUUUGAAGAUAGAGGAUUCGAUCUAGAAUAUGAAUAUGGUCAGCAAAACCUAAGGUCGAUAAGUAUACUUGGAGAAAGCCAUGAUUCAGAAGGAUACAGAAGAAUUACAGAAAGAAAAAGACCUUCAGUUGCCGUUAAAGAUACAACAUAUGUAAAUAGUUCUAACAACGUCACAGGUGAAGUGGUUAAUUUUUAUGAACAAUUCACAAUUGUCAGUGAUGAAAAAGAAGAUCCUGAUUUAUGGGCCAAGUCUGUGCGGCGUAGGGUCUCAAUGAGGCCGAGUGCUAUACUCACAAACAUAGCUGAGGAACCUGAUGAUGAAAUUGAAGUGAACAGGUCGCCGCCGCCCGCCAACAUCCCCAAUGCGAUGCUCUACUCGCCCCCGGAGCCCUUAGAGUUACUAUGCGUGUUCCCGGAGCGAGCAUCGCGCGUUUGCGCGGCGGCUUGCGCUGCAGUCGCGCGAGCAGGCGGCGAGGCGCGCUCGGUUCGAAGCGCGCGCGACACGCUCGAGGCGUUACGACGCGACUCCGACAGCAAACAACCGCACGUUAUCGUCGUAGACGCGCGACAACCUCAGACGCUAGACGCGUUUUUACUCGCCAGAGCUGUACGUGGAACCAAGAACACACAGCAUAUUAUACUAAUCGCUGUCGUCAAGAAAAGCGUUUACCUGAAAGAUGACUUCGCGGUGCUGCCGUACUUGGAUGCAGGUUACAACCGAAUAAUGGUGGAAACGCUAAGUGCUACAGCGUGGUGCGCUGAAGUCCUGCAGUCGCGAGCCGCGGGCUCCGCUGCGCGGGCGCAGAUCGCAGCCGUAGCCGCGCUCGCAGCCGCCGCCGACCGCUGCCGGGAUCUCAUAGCCGUUACUGAUGAACAGCAGAAGAUACUUCUGGCGAAUAAGUCCUGGUCCAAAGUCCUGGGCUGGCGCGUCGAGGAAGGUCCGAAGCAGCUGUCUGACACCGCUGGGGGCGAGGCCCUGCGGCUUGCUACUAGUGGAGCUCGAGACUGGGAGGCUCCCGUGACACUCCGCCGCCGCACUGCUCCAGAUCCUGUCCUGGUACCCUGCCGAGGCGCUGCUAUUGGGCUCACUAAGAACACUUCCCACGUGGUGUUCGUCUGUGAGCCAAUCCACGCGUUGGAGAACGAUCGUGGCCGAGGAUCCUUGCACUCCAUCAGGCGAGGCUCCCUAGAUGUGCGCUCCGUCGCAUCCGAUGGCCUGCGGAGAACUUCUCUUGCUAAGCUCCAAGGCUUGCCGCUUGAAGCACCCAUUACGAAGGUGAUAUCGCUCUUAUCGACGGCGACUGAAGGGGCUCCUCCAUCGACUGUGGCGUACAUCGAGAGGGCUGUUGACAUGCUAAGGACCUCCGAGCUCUACUCUCCACAAAUGAGAGACGACCCUAAGAUGCGUGUCGAAGAUCCUAUCGCUACGGACCUCAUUGGAGCUUUACUGUCGCAAGGACCGACCAACACAUUGUCGUCUCGUCGAAGCAGCAACGACUCCACGGUCGUCAGGUCACAGACCAACAGGAGCAAUAUCAAACAUAAGACGACAGGCCAACUCCGUGAGCUAUUAGACACGGCUUUAAGCUGGGACUUCGAGAUCUUCAAGCUAGAGGAAUUGACCCGUGGCCGGCCACUGGCGCACCUUGGCCUGGCUCUCAUGGGGGGAAGGUUCGACGUGUGCGCAGCCCUGGAGUGUGACGAGCGUACUCUACUGCACUGGCUCACUAUCGUGGAGACCAACUACCACGCUGUCAAUACCUACCAUAAUUCCACUCAUGCUGCUGAUGUGCUUCAGGCUGUAGCGUUCUUCCUGGAGAAGGACAGGCUGAAGACAGUGCUGGAACCAUUAGAGGCUGCAGCAGCUCUGAUAGCGGCGGCGGCGCACGACGUGGACCACCCCGGGACAUCCUCGGCCUUCCUCUGUAACGCGCGCCACCCUCUCGCCGUGCUGUACAAUGACGUCAGCGUGCUGGAGUCCCACCACGCGGCCCUCACCUUCAAGCUCACUCUUAAUGAUGACCGAGUUAAUAUCUUCAAGAACUUGGAGCGCGACACGUACAAGCAGGUCCGGCACAACGUCAUCGACAUGAUCCUCGCGACGGAGAUGACGAAGCAUUUCGAACAUCUCGCCAAGUUCGUUAAUGUUUUCUACGCCAAGUCCAGCGGAAGCAAGGAGGAUAAUAUGCAUACUGAUCAAGAGCCACUGGCUUUGGAUACCACAGCGCUAUCAUUACCUGAGAACGUGGUGCUUGUGAAGAGGAUGAUGAUCAAAUGCGCAGACGUGUCCAACGCGUCGCGCCCACAGAAAUUCGCAUUCGAAUGGGCUAGAAGGAUCGCGGAAGAAUACUUCCUUCAAACCGAUGAGGAGAAGGCGAAGGACCUGCCGGUCGUGAUGCCCAUGUUCGACCGCGCCACCUGCUCCAUCCCGCGAUCGCAGAUCGGUUUUAUUGACUACAUCAUCAUGGACAUGAUGGAGGCCUGGGCUGGUUUCAUCGAUAUGCCAGAAUUGGUGAACCACGCUCGACAGAACCACGCGCGCUGGCACGAGCUGGAUGACGCCGGCGUGACGACGCUGGCGGACGUGCGGCGCGCCCAGCGUCACCUGUCGCUGCCGGCGCCGGCCGCCCCCUCGGCCGCCCCCUCGGCCACCAGCGCCAGCAGUACCACCGCCACCGCCGAGGAGUAGAGCCCCAGCCGGGUCGGAUGACCCCAGCGAGCCGCGCGCCGUCCCCCCCGUGCAGGAUCGUCUGUCUGUCUGUCACGGCUGCGCACGAGUGGACCGAGUAUGGAUGUCAACGUUAUAAGUCUGAAACGGAUCAUAGGCAAGCUUGCCUGACGGAUGAGUCCGAUAAUACGCUUAUUUUAUACUUAUAAUAUAUCCGUGUUAGAGUGGAUAUCACUUAAAUUAUAAUUGUUGAUAUCUACUUUUUUAAGUAGUCGUAUUUAUUAGGUAAUAUUGAAUGCAAAUAUUUACUGCAUCCAUGUAUCAUUUGAUUUCAUUAACUGUCCACAGAUGGCAUGACGUUACCUGGCUUUGUGUGUACUUAAAUGUUUUAACUCGUGUGAUAGAAUGUUUACUAGUGAUGUGCUGAACAUUGCCCUUUAACAUUUCUGAACUUCUGUCGUAUCGAAUACGCGGAGUCCGGAGCCCUCGUAAAGGCGUGUAAUGGUCUACUAAUAAAUAAAAGCAUUUUAUGACAUUAAUAGAAAAAGAAAUAAAAAUUAUGUAACGUAACGUUGUGCUUCUCUAUAAUGUCUGUUGUUACGUCGUCUGUGGAUUCACUGGACAAUCGGCAUAAUCCACAAAUGUUGUAUUCAAGUUGCCAUAUACACGGGUAGGUAUCUUAGUUACAUAUUGUGUAAUGUUAUAAUGUUUUACAAUGUCCGUGAUAUAAGUGCCAUAUAAUUGAUUGGCCAUAUUUCAUUCGUUAGCGGUGUUACUAUCAUUUCUCACUGCAUCCCAUGACAGUACCUCUUCACGCCAUCUUUACAUUUAGUUACUGGUAGAAUAUGAUGCGUAUCGAGUGAGGGCAAAUGUUUCUUAAGAAUUUUAUCUUAUAAUCUUAUAGGAGCUAUGGUUCUAUAUAAAUCUGAAGCCUUCAUCUUAAUGCCCUCACGACGGAAUCGCACCAAACUUUAUAAGUAUUUCUCUACUUCUAAUAUUGUUAUAGGUACUAUUGAACAAUUGGUCCAUUUAUACACUUGAGCUUUCAAAGAAUUCCUAUUUUUAUAUAAAAAAACUUUUUGUAGUGCGCACUUUCGGCCUCAAUCAUAUCAAAAUUCCAAAUUUAUUGAAUGAAAUUUGAUAUAAAAGAAAACAACUGUUGAACAAUAAAUCUACCUAGAUUCUUUCGUUUCAUUCCUGGGGAAUAUUUUAUAACAUUUUAUACUUAACAAUUAUAAAUGUUAAUGUUAUUUAUUAAUAGUUAGAUAUAUUAGAACACUUGAAUAUUUCUUUAAUAAAAUAAUUUAUUGUAUUCGAAUAAGGUCUAACAUAUAUUAUAUGUAAUAGCGAUUAUUGAAUGAUGCAUUCGUCUAUGUGACGCUGGUAUUUAAGAGUUGUACUAUAGUGGAUACUACAGUAGUAUUGAGAUCAUAAAUACGCUUCCUCGUGCUCAAUGUCAAUACAAAGCGGUCUAAUGUUAAUGUUUUACAAUACCUCUAACAAUAUUCGUCAACUGUAUACAAUAUAUUACGUAGUACGAUUUGCUACUCCGACGUUGUACUGUAUUGAAUAGGUCGCGAUGUUCAAUCUCAUAUUAUUUAUUUGAACCUACCAAAACGUUAAUAACGCCUACUAACAAAUUCUAAUGAUCAAAUUAGUUAAUUUUUUUCGUUAUAGUUAGCUCAAUUUAAUUAGAUUUUAAUGAUUGUCUAAUCUUGAUUUGGGAUUGUCCUUCGGUGAAAAUGAUUUCGUCCUGUCCCAGGGUUCAAUUAGUCUUUUACAUGUUUGUGUUAAUGUAGACAAAUCAAGACCUAAUCCAACUGAUUUCUAUUUAUAUUGAGUUUAUUGUAAGUUGGUAAUGUUUGAGGAAUUAUAUCUAUUAAGAUAACGGGGGCUGGACCCCCAUAUUUAAAUGUGGAGAAUUGAUAAAAUUACAUUGUUGUGAAUUUUAUAUGCGGAGACGUGUGCUAUGCAUAACUUGUGUAAGUACCAAUUAAUUAAUGUUAAUGUAAAAUGAAUAAAGAUUCAAAACACUUCACAAACGAAGUGAUAA